UUGGCUACUAUGGUGUGCUUCCUGUGUGGUAUCACCCAACCAGCCACAUCUGGUAGAUUCAUUUACUCCAAGAAACACACAGAAGGUGACCCUUAUUUUGCUUUCCUUGAGAAUUUCAAUCCUCCACCUGGUGCCAUGCCGCUCACUGCGCAGGGACUAACUAGAGUGUGCAGUACUUGUCAUAAGGCCCUUCGUCGGCAGUGGAAAGCUUAUGAAGUAACAAAUUUACCUGAAGAAAAUCGGGUAUAUCAAAUACGGAAUGAGUCAUUCAGAAAAUUACCACCUGUACUUUCGUCGGAAACUACUGCCUUGGGGAAACUAAGUGAACCAUCACAGGAAGAGAUAUGUUACCUUUGCUCCCAGGUGUUUCCAAGAUCUAAUAUUCGAUAUGUGCACACCUUGGCUCCUGAUAAAACCAGCAAGCAUAUAAUGUACUUCCCUUUUAUUAUUAAUUUUAAAUGUUCUCCCAGAGCUAAAGCAAUUGACGAAGAGGGCAGAAUAUUGGCCUGUGAAACGUGUUAUUUUACUCUUCAGCAGCAGUGGCAAAUAUACCAGUCUGAAGGAAUUCCACUUACUGAUAGACGGUACAAUUUACGCCCUGUAGAACAUGGAACACCCCAUAGGCUAACUAUGGAGGAUGAAUCGGAAUCUCAGUUGCAGUUGCCUUCUCCUGUUCUGCCAAGUCGCGAGUCAAGUCUGACAGUUAGUCAUACGGUCAAAGAUGGGUGUUUUGUUUGUGCUACACCAGUCAAAAUGACAGAGAGAUACCAACUUUGUGCUUACCCUGCCAAAGGCGAGUCUCCAGGGGGACCGUUUUUCCCUUUUCUUGCCCACCGUGAUCCCGCAUCAAAUGCGAUACCUAUGGAUAGUGAGGGGGUUGUCAUUUCUUGUACCAUCUGUUACCAUAACUUAGUCUGCCAGUGGGACGAAUAUGAAAAUUCAAACGGCCUACGAGAUUCAAAUCGAUGGUUACGUAGAUACUGCAUUUACAACAUGGUUUGUUACCUCUGUACAAAAUUAGUUAUGCGAGGCAAGGUGAAGACAGUGGAGAUACAGAAAUACCCAUGCAUUGCAGAGAUAGAUAAACCUAAAGGUGCUAUUAAAAUGGGAGGCAUGGUACUGGUGUGUGGGACAUGUGAGAUAUCACUCAUCCGGCAGUGGACUGCAUUUGAACAUAGCCAAGUUCCUUCUGAUAAGCGCAGAUACAGUUUCAACUUCACCAGCAAUAAUAUUAGUGCACAAGAGAAUAAUGUACCAGACAGUAGUGAACAAAAAGAAAAUGAAGAUGAGAUCAAAAGUUCUUUGCGGCAGAUGAUAACUGUGGAUAGUGGAAGUGAUGGAGAUGGUGACAAAGAGUCGGUGAACAGUAGUCUGACGAGUAACAGCAGAUCUGCAGUAUCCCCGUCCAGCACCACAUCCUCCCCUUCCGGGGUAUCCCAUGGUGUUAAACCACCCCCCCUUACUAUGGUAUCAUCCGGUUCUAAUAAGCCAAAUAGGACUACGGCAACUGUAACACCCUUCAGCAAUUCUGCCAGCACUGUUACUGUGACAAGUGGAAAUACGGCCAAUGCAAUGUCUGCUACACGGACUUCUAGCUUUGCAGCCGCACUGCGAAAAUUGGCCAAGCAAGCAAUUGACCCAAUAGGCAAGGAAGAAGCCUCACCUGCAGUAUCCCCAGCCAGUAGCAGCCACAGUGCUUCAUCGACACCAGCAGCCCAUGCAGCUGUCAAUAAACCCGUUCAACCACCGCCUUUAGUUCUACCAACCAGUACUCCCCCUGUGGUGACCAUAGCACCAACCCAAAAUGCCAACUCGCAUGGGUACGGAGAAAGAAGGGAAGAAGAACAUCAAGAGAGGUCUAGUUCGGAGAGGCAUAUUGGAAGACGAUCACCAGAUAUUCACAUAAAGCAGGAAAUGGCACCGAGCUUGCCAGCUUCGUUAUCUAUUACAAACACAGUGGCGUCGAAUUUAGCAAUUCCCUACAGACCUGUCCCUCAUCACGCAAGGAAGGAGGAGAUGUCCCCGCUGUCAGCACCCAGAGGAUUUCAGCCCUACCGGCAUGGAGAGGAGGUGCGGCAGCCUCAUCAUUUGUCUUUUGACUUGAAUCAUCCUGGCGGGUUCCAGUACCCUCCGACAUAUCUUCCUCAUCAACCCCCAUUCCAGUACCCCCCAUUUAGGUUGGAGGAUCACUAUGAUCGUUAUGGCAUUCCUGGACUUCGACCACCAUUCCUACAUUUACACCAUCCUGGACAGAUGCUCCCACAGCAUCACCCAGCGAUGCCAUUCCAGUAUCCGGGAGUAAGAUAUCCACAUGACUUGGGACUGGCACAUACCUCACCCGGUGGCCGACCCCAAAUGGUUCCAUCUCCACUGUUAGCAAUUGAUAGGCAAAGAAUGGAACAAGAACACAGGGAACGAGAAAGAGAGCGCGAGAGAGAAAAAGAAAGAGAGCGAGAAAGAGAGAGGGAGAGGGAAAGAGAACGAGAAAGGGAGAGAGAAAGAGAAAGGGAAAGGGAAAAAGAAAAAGAGAGGGAGCGGGAAAAAGAAAGGGAGCGGGAACGAGAGAAGGAAAGGGAAAGAGAGCGUGAGAAGGAACGGGAAAGGGUAGAACGUGCUGAAAGAGAACGUAAGCGGCAGCUUGAAGAGGCACGUUGCCAAACGCUGAAGGACAGAGAGGUCGACAAGGAAGUUGCCAUAGUGAAUGAUAAGGCAGUACAUCUCAGGAAUGUGUAUUCACCUGAAAGAAAUAGUUAUGAUCAGGGAAGUACGUCAGCUCAGGACCCAUUAUCAGCUGCUCAAAUGUUCCAGAGGCAGCAUCUGAAGAAGCUAGAGCAGGAAGAGAAAUGGCAGCUGAAGCAGAGACAGCUUAGAAUGCAGAAGGAAGAGAGACAACAUGACGUGUCACAUUAUCGCCACCACUUGUUGCAUCAACAACAGCAUUUGGGUCGGCAUCCACAUAUCAAAAAAAAUGACCAUGGGCAUCGAGAAAGAGACAUUAUCCACAGAGAGCGAGAAGCACUACUGCAGCAAGACAGGAGUAUAUCUGAGAGAAAUGACCGAGAUUUCCCAAAGCGAGAGCCUCACCAACCACAUUCAUUAAUACCAUCAAAAGCAAUCAUUGAAGAACCCUGGAAACAUAAACUACCAUUUGGUGAAAAUAGACUCAUGAACCACAUGGAACACCAUCAACAGCCCAGUCAAUAUACUUAUGAUCGGAGACCUCCUAAUGAAUACGAGGCAUCACUUCUGCUUGAACGUGCACACACAAACAAAGAACGAUCACAUGAUCAGGACAGGUCUGGUGGUAGUAUUACUGAUGCACAUAAGGGUCACCAUCAUCCUCAACAAGAACAACAGCAACAGCAGCAGCAGGGAUCAGAACUACAUAAAGUUGUAAAUCAGCUGGAAAGGGCUGAAAAGGAAGUGCAUCUGAACCAGUAUGAUUAUGAUCAUCCGCACGCUGAAUUUAACUACCAUCUCAACGAAUUCUAUAAGUCGCAUCAAUUUCGUGAACUUUACCAACUACAUAAUAAUUUACUGAGAAAAGAGGAACGGGACCAAAAUGUCGUAAGUACGUUGGAUAUGGAAGAAAAAAAGCGACGAGAAGCUCGACUCAAUGGAACUUACUUCUCUAGUGACAGUGAGGAGAGCGAUAGUGAUAACGACGAGGAUACAAGACGUGCCAGGCACCGACGACGGAUGUUAAACUUGACGUCCAGACCCCCUAUACAAUUGGAUACCUCAAAUAAAAAGAUGGAGUUGUUUGGAAUCCUGGGACUAGCAACCCAAACUCAAAAAGAAGAAUGUGACAAGAAUAGAAAAAGAAAAAGACGGCGCCUUUAUAGAGAGCCCAGUUCAUCACCACCGCCCAAAAGGAAAACACCUUCACCAAAGAAAAACUUGCUUAAACCUGCAGCAAUACUUUCAGAGGAAUUUGAAAAACUGCCUGAUUUUGAAGAGAAGAGACAGUUCCUUUUUGAGAUGGGACUUGAGACGGUGAAUCCAGUCAGAAGGAGAGAGCUUGCAAGACAACGACAGUUGUCUGAUGCUGAGAAAGCAAGAAGAUUGGGAUUGACAUCAGAAAAUAGAGGAUCACAAGGUGUGUCUCCGAGCAUAGCCUUACUCAAACAGCACGAGAUAGAAAAAUAUGAUAUUGCACCACCUAAUGACAGAAUGGAGAAAUUGAACCAAGUUUUCAAUGAUCGUGCUUACUUUACUGCCAGUGGUCCCCCUCGUCCUCAUCCAUUGCAUCCCCAUCACCUAGCAACAAAUGCUGCUUCGCAACCUCAUCAUUCGCAUCAUCCCGUGCAUCAACAAACUCAACAUCAACCACAGGUGGCAUCGAAUCAUCUGUCACCAUCAGAAAUGGAACUGCAACAUAAACAACAACACAAGCAACAACAGCAACAGAAGCAUCAAGUUUCACAUCAUAGACAUAAUGAGAAAUUGAUAGAUAAAGAGUCAAGGACUAAUGCUAGAGACUCUGUUAUAUCAUCUGCAUCAUCGUCAUCAUCAAAUAGAAAACCAGUUUUUAAUACAAGUACUUUUGCUCAGGAAUUCCAUGAAUCUGUGUUACAGUCAACGCAGCAUUCAAAAAUAGUUACCAGUCAUCCUAAUGAAAAAGCAGGUGAUCGUAAAGCUAUAACUCCUUCAACAAGUACGGCUCCUUCACUUCAGGGACGAUUGGAGAAUGGAGGUCUUAACAGUCAUAGACACAACCUCCCACCAUCUACGCCGUUAUCUUCUUCUUCUUCUUCAUCAGCGUCAUCUUCAUCAGCAGCAGCAGCAGCAGCAGCUACAACAGCAACACCAGCAUCUACAGCAAUGCAUUCCAGUUCAAUUGAACGUUUACAACAACUUGAAAGAGACAGUAUGGUUGCUAGGGACGGUGCUAUGCUACGAGAUAACCAUCUUAUGCUCAGAGAUGGUUUUCACCAUCCUCUCCAUCUGCCUCCUCCACCCCACCUUCCACAUCCUAGUGCAAUGAGAGAGAACCAUGAAGGAAGGGAACAUAUGUACAGGUGGCCGGGCCUUGAGGUUCUUAUGGAAGCAUAUCAAAGACAUGUAGCAGAGCAAAGUAUGGAGAGAGAGAUACUUCGAGAUCACAUGCUAAGACUACAAAACCAGAAUCAGGAUCUUAACAGGAUAGCUGAUCACCUUCGAAUGAGAAUGUCGGACUUGGGUCACUCACAACACGAGAUGGAAGAAGAACGACGUCGAUGUCAGGGUGCUCUUGACACGCUUAGAAAGUGCGUUAAGCAGAUCGUUUGAAUGCUCACUUGUUGAUUCCUGGGUAAAGCCAAGCUAAGAAAGCUGCCAUGACAUGAAAGGUUCACCUAUUUUCAUGCCCAUGGUUAUUAUAUACUCGCCCAGUAAGAAGUUGGAUGUUUUUAUACAAUGCUGUGGCUGCUGCCCGGACGUUUUAUUGUAAAAAGAACAUAAGAUGCUAUAUCAGCCACUGGGUAAAGUGAUUGGAGCACUGCCAUUGGUUGAAAAUGAUUUAACAUUCAGACAGUGAAACAAUUUGAGGAAAUAAUUUACCAACAAACAUUUACUGACUUUGAAGUUCCUCUCUAUAUUGAACCCUUUGAGGGCGCCCUUCUCUAUAGUUCAUCACUGCAAGUGUUUAGUUCUUUCAGAAUGCAGGGUUUUAAGGAAAGGCGCUUGAAAGCUUUAAUUUGUCAAAAAAAAUGCUGCAAAUAAACAAAUGUUGUGAUUCACUUUUGAAAAUAAAAUGCAAAUCAUGACUUUCGAAGAAAUAAUUGUGGAUAAUUCGGAAGUUUUUAUUGUGGAUGCGUUUAUUUUGUUGAUGGGACCAGAAUUGUAACAAAUUUUUUUUUAACUUAUUUAAAUGCAAAUAAAUGAAAUGUACACAUUGGGUAUUAUAUAAAUAUAGUGUCACAAGAGUAAGCUGUUGCAGAUGGCUAAUGAGGGGGGGGGGAUUUAUAGAUGUGACGAUGUUUAGAGAGAGACGUAGAAGCAAUACCGACAUACAAUGAAAUUUUUAGCAAGCAAGGUAAAAAAAUCAUGUCAAACUUUAAGAUACACAAAUCUUUUAUUGGAUUUACAUGCUUGUAGAUAUUUCCAUAAAAGUGAAAUAAAUGAUAAUUUAAAAACAAAAAAAAUAAGAUAACCAUUGUUUUGUAGAUAUUCAGUGAAUUGGUUGGAGUAGUAUUGUUAUUAUCCUGUGGAAUAUUCUAUUUGUUGCCUUAAUUUAUUGUCACUCUAAACUGGUGGAUAAAAAGACUUAUUUUCUAGAUUAGUAUUACUUUUUACUGUUAUUUAAAGCUUUAAGUAUUGGGACAAGAAAUUGUUGCACUUGUAUAGAGUGCCUUUUAAAGAUUGACAGAUUAAUAUUAAAGUUUUUUUUAUGUCCAA